AUGCCUGAUUUCAACGCCUGGUCCAGAACCUCCCUGGGUCAAGGAAGAGCCCGAGCUGAACAACAGCAAGUGUCACACGGCUCUUCAAGAACGGUCACAGGAGUGCACCAGAAAACUAACGACCUCGCAAAACCAACUGCUCCAAGGGACUCUAUAAAGAAAAUGCCCCCUGGGGCCUACCCAGGAGUGUCGGCGUCAGGAGGAGCCCACCCAGGGGCGGCGGCAGACCCAGCGGCCCUCCCAGGUGCGAUGGUGCUCUCAGGGGCCCUCUCAGGGGUGACGGCGAUCCCAGGGGCUCUCCUAGGGGCCUUUUCAGGUGCGGGUGAGACCCCAAGAGCUCUCACAGGGGCGGCGGCGGUCUCAAGGGCCCUCCCAUUAACAGUGCAGAAACGACUGCCCCCAGGGACUCUAAGGGGACAAUACCCCCUAGGGCCCUCCCAGGGGUGUCGUGCAAAACCAACUGCUCCCAGGGACUCUAUAGGGACAAUGCCCCCUGGGGCCCUCCCAGGGGUGUCGUGCAAAACCAACUGCUCCCAGGGACUCUAUAGGGACAAUGCCCCCUGGGGCCCACCCAGGGGUGUCAGCGUCAUUAGGAGCCCACCCAGGGGCGGCGGCGGACCCAGCGGCCCUCCCAGGUGCGAUGGUGCUCUCAGGGGCCCUUUCAGGGGUGACGGCGAUCCCAAGGGCUCUCCUAGGGGCCUUUUCAGUGCAAAACCAACUGCUCCCAGGGACUCUAUAGGGACAAUGCCCCCUAGGGCCCACCCAGGGGUGUCGGCGUCAGGAGGAGCCCACCCAGAGGCGGCAGUGGACCCAGCGGCCCUCCCAAGGGCGAUGGUGCUCUCAGGGGCCCCCUCAAGGGUGACGACGAUCCCAGGGGCUCUCUUAGGAGCCUUUUCAGGUGCGGCUGAGACCCCAGGGGCUCUCGCAGGGACGGCGGUGGUCUCAAGGGCCCUACCAUUAGCGGUGCAGAAACGACUGCCCCCCAGGGACUCUAAAGAGACAAUACCCCCUGGGGCCCUCCCAGGGGUGUCGGUAACCCGAGGGACCCUCCCAGGUGUGUCGGCGUCCAAAGGAGCCCACCGAGUGUUGACGGGGGACCGAGCGACCCUCCAAGAGCCGGCGGUGCUCUCAGGGGCCCUCUCAGGGGUGACGGCGAUCCCAGGGGCUCUCCUAGGGGCCCUCUCAGGAGCCCACCCAGGGGUGACGGCGGACCGAGCGACCCUCCAAGGGCCGGCGGUGCUCUCAGGGGCCCUCUCAGAAGUGAAUGCAAUCCCAGGGGCUCUCCUUGGGCCCCUCUCAGGUGCGGUGGAGACCCCAUGGGCUCUCGCAGGGGAGGCUAUAGUCUCAAGGGCCCUCCCAGGAGCGGUUGAGCCUCCAGGGGCCCUACCAAAGGUGCCCCUCCAUGUAAAAGCAACUGCCCCCAGGGGCUCUACAGGGAAAGAGCCCCCUGGGGCCCUCCCUGGGGUGUCGGUUCCCCUAGGAGCCCUCCGAGGGCCCUUCUCAAGGGAGGUGGCGCCCCAAAGGGCCUUCAAGGAACGGCGGCAGACCCAGGGUCCCUCCCAGGGGCAGCGGCGACCCCAGGGGCUAUUCCUGGGGCUUUGGCGUCCCAAUGGGCCAUCCCAGGGGCAGCAACACCCCCAGGAGCUCUCCCAGGGACUUCGGCGCUUCAAGGGCCCUCCAUGG